GUAGAGGCGAUCGAAGAGGCAUUCCGUCGAACAGUUGGUGAGCGCAAAAUGAAAGGAAGCAAGGCGAAUCUAUCUACACUAGCGGAGAAAUGCAAAACUAUAAUCGUUUCGAACUGGAAAGGGUAUCUAAACACCAUCAAACCUGAAGAUAAAGCUAGUAUCAUACAUACUUCAAAGGUUAAGUACGUGAUGAGACGAGGAAAGCCUUAUCUCUGGGUACCUGAAUCUGAACCCCACAAUGUCAACAUAAUGUUUGAUGAACGUGGAUCCUUCUCCGUUUCUCAUCCCUAUCCUGGUCCCCUCGCAGCUUUGUUGAAGUCAAUAGGAAAGGUUCCAAACCGGGUUGCUCUUACUGGAGAAAUCAUCCCUGUCAAAGAGAAAAGGAUUGAGGCGGUGAAUAAAUAUGUGGAGGAAGCUAUACAAUCAGAGAUGAGAGCGAUUAGUGACUCCCCAUACUCGGUCCGCAGUAUCUUGAGUUCUUCCGACCAGAUGUAUGCCUCCCGGUGCGAGAGUCUUAAAGCCCUGGUCGAUGGUGGCAAUGAGAAAUACGUUAUCUACAAGUUUGUUCCCAGCUCAUGUAUGUUUAUCGAUGGAAAUGGUGCUAAUAAAGAAAUAGACUUGAAGGUCUUGGAGCUAUCAAAAGCAGAUCCAUUAGGGGCCUGGUCUACAAAUCUUGUGGAUGGAAUCAACAAGAACGAAUCGAGAAGACGGGCUUUGAUUCUUUUCUGCUUAUACUAUCUCGAUAUCAACGCAAGGGAUGCUUACAUGGUAUCUCUGGAUAUUAAAGGCUUCGACUUGCUGGGGAAGGUACCGGGUGAGGAAGAAGGUGGAGAUGAGUAUCAGUGGAGAGAGUUUAGGUUUGAGUUUGAAGAAGAGACGAAAGACGUUGAAGCUUUUUGCCACCAGCUUGUGGAAAUGGAACAAGAGGUUGUGAACAAGUUCACUGACCAUACCGGUUUGUAAUUUCAGUUAUGUUCUCAAGAAUCACGAACCGAACCGGUUUACACUUUUAGUUAAAUGACAACGUAUUAUUGAAGUUUGCACCGGUUUGAUACGGUUUA